AUCAAAUAUAUAGACAUAAUUAGUAAUAUAAAUAUUAUUAGUAAACGUUUUAUGAAGAAAAUUUUGAUGGAAUUGUUAAAAUAAUGAUAUUCUAAUCCCCAUCGAUAUAAUGGUUAAAAAUUGUUAAUUUUGAUGUAGAACUUGAAAUCAACAGUUUUCAUGGGUAGUUAUAAUGUAUUUGGCUGUUUUGCUAUUUGGAAUCUUGGCGGAACUGUCAUGUGUGAGUGGGACUACAGGUGUGAUUGACAUUUCCGACCUUGGCCAAAGGAGCCUUUUUUCUGGGCCUUCAAAGCUCGGAGAAGCUCUGUUUUACAAGUUAACAUGCAACGAUAACGGCAGUUACUCUAAUGUGUUUGACGGUUCCGAACGUCUGUUUCCCAUAAGGUCACACACCAGACUAGUGGGUCUGGUUUUGGGUACUAAGAACGAGUCUCCUGAACUUCUUCAGGUGAUGUACUCUGACGUCGCUAAGGACUACAGCUACCGCAGUUUGUACUACUUCAGGGCUGAAAACAGCUGGCAACUAACUGACUCUCUUACAUACAAAUUCCAUCUCCUAAAACUCAAAAACAAUCACGUAAAUUUCGAUAUUAAAAGCAAAAAUAACAAAUAUUUUUACACCGAUAACACUUCUCAUAACCCUGAUAAUACUGUUAAUGACCCCAAUGAUAGUAAUAGUAACGCCAACAACCUUAACGAUAUGGCUGAAUCUGUAGAAAAUGUUACAACAAGGUAUUAUGUAGAGAAUGGUAUGGAAUUGGAUAAAGUAUGUAAUGGCGAUGCUGUGAUUUGGAAGAAUGAUUUUAAAUACGAUUUUAAAUACUUGGAAUUAACUGAAGGCCCCUCUGGCCCUGAAACACUUACAAUUCAUUACUCUAACCAUCCAACCAACUUUUCUAAUCACUAUUCUAACCAAUAUUCAAAUAGUUUAUCAAAUUAUUUAACAAAUUCUUUUCAACAUUAUAAAAAAUUCGCAGGACGUUGGGUCCAUGAUUUCCUCACUACUACCAUAAAUUUAUCAAAUCGAAGCUCUCAACUUAACACAGCACCUGAAAAUAGCGUUGGUGGUAAUAACAUUAGUGAUUUGGUAUUGGAUGUCAAAAAACUGUUUUUAAAAGAUGCGUUAAAUUUAGACGAGCAAAAUCCAAUGAUUAAUGUGGUUUUGAAUGUUAAGUUUGAAGAGACUUCGGACUGCACUCUAACUGUGAACGGCUACCAAUACUAUGGACUGAGUACUUACGAGCUUUUGCAACCUUCAGGAUGUUCACUAAUUUCAAUCACCGACAACGAAGACGUAAUAUUUGAAAACAAGAAUGAAUACACUAUUUCAUACUUUCAAGUUGCCAAAUUCAACUUCACAAAUCACCAACCUACUCUGCUUAUAUCUAUCACCGAUUCUAAAAAAUUAACCAGCAAUUUCACAUCUGACCAUAAUAACGAUACCCUUAAACACACCUUCCACCUUAAAUCAUAUCCAGAACCGUUUAAUGAACGUGACAGUACUAAUAACUCCGAUAGUACAAACUUUAAUAAUGCAACUAAUACUAACAGCUCUAAUAGUAAAACCCCAAAUAAUACUAAUAAUACUAUUAAAAACAUUAAUAACACCAAUAAUACCUCAAAUGGUACUAAAAAUGGAGUUUGGGAAUGUGUUGAGUAUAACUUGUAUAAUAGAAUAAUGAAUGGUAUGAUGCAGUUGGUUACUUCGUUGGAGAUGAAAAAGAUGUUCGAAUCACCUCCGGUGACUGUUAACGUGACUCCUUCUACUCCGUCUCUUGAUUAUGGCGGACUUGAGCCAUUCACCUAUGACUUGAGUAACCCGGUGGAGCCUCGCCUUCAGCAGGAUUUCCUUUCAACGGACCCUGAUCUCAUAAAGCUGCAACCGCAACCAGGCUACGCAGUUAAUGUGAUUGUUGACGGCGAUAAUGUGCUUUGGGAACAAACUGCUGAUGGUCCGGGCUGCCACCUCGUCUUCAUAUAUCGGUCUGAAAGUUCUCUUCUUUCCCACAUUGUUACAAACUCUCACCAAAAUCCCCAUCUAUUCUUCAAGUUCAACGGCCAAUCCUGGUAUCCAAUCUCUCAGGAGCAAUAUGAAGAUUUUAAGCUCAAGGACACCAAGGGCAAAGGUAGGAAACAACACUUCGACGAGUACUCUACAACGUUGACUGAUACCGCUGAUGGAACAUCUUCCAAUACUAAUGCUUCUUAUGUUAAUGAAUUAUAG